GAGUCUUAGUCCGCGCCCUUCAACCUGCAAAGCUCAAUUGAGCUCCCUUUUCUUGUGGCCAACAUGGCAUCUUUUGCGACAGCUUAUCGUUUGUCAGCUAGGCUUACCGCUAGGCAGCUGCGGCAAGAUGCCACUGCUCGAGGGUUCCGGACUUCAGCGGCAUGUCUUGCUGCUCAGAACUUCACUAUGCCAGCUCUAUCACCGACGAUGACGGAGGGAAAUAUUGCCAAGUGGGCUGUGAAGGAGGGGGAUUCGUUUUCCGCUGGAGACGUCCUGCUUGAGAUUGAAACGGACAAGGCGUCCAUGGAUGUGGAAGCACAGGAUGAUGGGAUUCUCGCAAAGAUCACUCAGGGAGAUGGGGCCAAGGGGAUUAAAGUGGGAUCACGAAUUGGAGUCAUCGCAGAACCAGGAGACGAUCUGAGUACCUUGGAAAUACCGGCUGAAGAAAGUGCUGCCCAUCCACCUCAAAAAGAAGCCUCAAAACUAGAACCGGAAAAGAAGUCGGAACCAAAAGUAGAAGCUUCUCCUACGCCCAAACCUGCUGCAUCUGCGGACGAACCUGUGAAGCCAUCCGGGCCGGCAAAGAAACAAACAUACCCACUCUUACCCUCCGUCCAGCACCUAAUCCACGAACACGGCCUCGCGCCCUCAGCAAUCGACAAAAUGACACCCAGUGGACCAAACAACCGUCUCCUCAAGGGCGACGUCUUAGCAUACAUGGGCUCCAUCUCCUCUUCCUACCCCACCGAGCUCUCCACCAAAAUCGAAAAACUCACGCACCUCGACCUGAGCAACAUCAAGCUCGCGGCACGGGCGCCAGCACCACCCAAAAAAACCGCUGCGGAACCGAUCCCAGCAGCGAUUGUUCAGGACCUCGAAGUCGCAGUCCCGAUCUCGAUGAGAGCGGUCAUCGAAGUGCAGAAACGGAUACAGAGCACGCUGGGUGUAUUCAUGCCCCUCUCUACUUUCAUUGCAAGAGCUACGGACGUAGCCAACGAUAAUCUCCCGAGAUCGAAAACGCAAGCUGCGUCUGCUGAUGAGCUUUUCAGCCAAGUUCUCGGGCUGGACAAAAUCCCCAGUGGCGUGAGAGGCACUUUCCUUCCUCAGAUCACGGCACUGUCCGGCACGGUUCCUGUGGCGAAAUUGCCGAAGAGGAAAGAGGUGGAUAUCAUUGAUAUCUUAACGGGGAAGAGCAGGCCUGCGUCGAAAGGGUUGGGAGGUAGGCCAUUGCCUGGUUUGUCGGGGGAGGUGAAUGUGUUUAGUGUCAGGGUGCCGAAGGGGGAGGAGAGGAGGGCAAGGCUGUUCCUGGACAGGGUGAAGAUGGUGCUAGAGGAGGAGCCUGGGAGACUUGUGCUGUAAUGGGGGGAUACUUGUAUGUACAGUAGGUGCGAAUAGAACGUGAUACCAAUGUCCUGGGAAGUCCCAAUCUUGAAUCUUG